CCACGCUUCUUCUUUCUCCUCGGGGGACCCGACGACCGACGCCUGCACGACGGUGCCGGUGACCACGGUGCCCUGGAGGGGCUGCUGCACGACGGCUGGCUGGUAGACGACGGGCUGCGGGGCCAGCGGCGGCCCGGCAGGCGCCAUCUUGGCCAUCACCGGCCCGCCGUCGUACGCGACCGACGGUUGGCCGCCGUAGCGCUGCAUCUCGACGGCGGGCGCGACGCGGUCGUUGCGCUCGCGGCAGCAGACCAGGCAGCUGCAGCCUGUCACGCCCCAGAUGAUCGAGAUCGGGCAGAGGAGGAAGAACGAGAGCACCCAGAGCCACCAGUGUUUGUCGAUAAUCAUCACGACGAUGCACAGCACCAGCGCGACGCACCACAAACCGCAGCCGGCCGCCGCGUUCCCGGCCCAACACGCCUGAUUGUAACAAACGGGGCAGCAGCAUUCUUUCCCGCGGGCCACGGGGCAGCAGCCGCAGCCGCCCAGCUCGGCGUCUUGGCUCAUCGUUCUGCAGCCGGUGUUUUGGCGGACGACAAACUGAUUGACUGCCCUGCACGUUGUCAGUGGCUGUCCACUCUGAUUGUGGAUGGGCGCUGGGAGGCACCGUAUGGCCGGUGGGCUUUAUCCUAGCACGCGGCGGUGGGGCCCAGCCAAGUC